AAUAAAUAAAUCCCACAAUCCUGUGCGCUUAAUUCUGAAGGUGUUGCACUAGCGGGGUUGGUUGGGUAAGAAAUAUGGAGGAGUUUCAGACUAGUGAGGAGACUGCUUUUAUUGUUGAUGAAGUGACCACCAUCAUAAAAGAGUCUGUUGAAAGUAUUAUUGGUGGAAAUGCUUACCAGCAUAGCAGGGUAAACCAGUGGACAAGUAAUGUGGUGGAACAGACUCUGGCUCAGCUCACAAAACUGGGAAAGCCUUUCAAAUACAUUGUAACCUGCGUGAUCAUGCAGAAGAAUGGAGCAGGAUUGCACACUGCAAGUUCUUGUUUCUGGGACAACUCUACUGAUGGCAGCUGCACUGUGAGAUGGGAAAACAAAACCAUGUAUUGCAUUGUUACAGUCUUUGGUCUUGCAAUUUAAGAUGUCAAGAGCUGUCGUACUUAAGUCGACAAAAGAUCCUCCACUUUUUCCACAUGCAUUUCAAGCCAGAAUGUGUAUUACUAAUUCUUUGAACUCACUUAUCAGUUUAGUGUUGUCUUGUCCACAUUUGUUUCUGUUACUUCAAAGUCACGUGUUGAGAAAAUGUUUUAGGGAUACAUUUCAUUUGCAGGAGAUACCAAAGGAUAUUUUCAAGGGCUAAAGCAUACAAUAACAUUCAUUUAUUUAUUCUGUUUUACUAAUUUUGUACAUUAGGUUCUGUAUUUUGUACAAAGGCAGUAGCACUGAAGCUUUAGCAUUUCUCAUUGUGUUGUUAAUGCAGCGUAACAGAAAUGUUACCCAAUCAUUUUAGAGCUUGUUGAACAUUUAAUAAAUGUUAAAAUAAU